UAUAGGCUGUGUGGUCUGAUCUACUUUGGAAAAUUCCACUUCACAUGCCGUGUUGUGGACAGGCAUGGUGAUGUGUGGUUCCAUGAUGGGAUGAAGACUGUGACUGAUCUUAUGCCAGAGGGUAAUGUACUGACCCUGGACUCCAGCCUGCUUCAGAAAGCAGGCAAGAGGUGUGUUAGUGUACUUGUAUAUACCAGAAUGUAG